AUGGGUAAGAAAGCAUUCGCCAAGAAAACCAAACCCAGCCGCCGAGAAACUCCGGAGGCACGACCACAGCCAACCCCACCAGCACCCGUCGCUCAGCCAUCGCCCAUGGUUUCCUUGGAUGCCAUGAUGACAUUUCUUCGCCAACAGGACCCAACUAGGGACUGGACGACGGCUCUGACCAGUUUCGGCCAAACGGGGGGCGUCGGAACCACAUCCAGCGAAGCUCCGCCUACGCCGGUCAGUCAUGCCGCAGUUUCAGUACCAGAUUCGGCAGAACUCGACGCUAUCGCCACACAUUACGACUCCUACUCUGAGGAGCGUAAGAAAAAGUCGAGUCAAGUAGGAAACAGGGAGAAAGCCACAUCAGGAAACAUACCGGAAGGCCGACCUUUCCAGGUUGUAGGAGGGGAAGGAGAAGUACCGAGUAAAGAAAAAGAACCAGUAGACCCCCAAGUGAAAGUCGGGGAUGAUAGAAUACAAGUAAGAGAGGAAGGUACUGCGUCUACGGAAGUCAAGGACACAGGAACAGAGACAGCAGAGCCAGAAGUAGAAGCACCCACCGCAGUGGCACCUCAGGUUGUAAAGCCGAUUCCGGUCAGGCGAAAACUGGUGGUGAAAGCAGACCCCAAGGCAGACUCGCCCAAGCCGCAGAGGGUGUCGCAACGUUGUUUGGCAGCAGCUCAUGAAGCACCGGUACACGACCAGAGGCAAGAGGGGAUGGAAAAAGCUGUGGAGGAAAUAGCGGAGGAAAGCAGACAGAUAAGGGCAGAAAUGAUCGGAUUGGCAUCAGACCAGGAACAACGUCAAGCCAGAAUGGAGAAGGCAAUGGACGAAGUGAGAGAGGAGAAUAAGCAGUUGAAGGCAGAGAUGGUCAAGCUAGCGUGA